GAGUCUGCUCUAAUUUUGACAAGGCACACCGUGUUUUAAUGGACAAGAGAGUCUCUCUCAAAGACGCUUAUAUUUCCGUAUGCAGACUCAUGUUGGGACAUCACUUCAGAACCAAAGGACCCGACAGUUUCUGCAUCAGUCUGUGGGGCAGAGCACCUAAACACCCACCUACCUUCCGUGUGCUUAAAGUUUUCAGUGAGGAGCUACACUCCAGCCUGUACUUUGUCAAUGCAUCUCUGCAAGAGGUAGUGUUUGCCAGCACCACGGGGACACUGGUGCCCUGCCCCGCAGCAGGGAUCCCUCCUGCGACACUCAGAUGGUACCUAGCAACGGGCGAGGAGAUCUACGAUGUCCCAGGGAUCCGCCACGUCCACCCCAAUGGCACUCUCCAAAUUUUCCCCUUCCCUCCUUCAAGCUUUAGUACCUUAAUCCAUGAUAACACUUACUAUUGCACAGCUGAAAAUCCUUCAGGGAAAAUCAGAAGUCAGGAUGUCCACAUUAAGGCUGUCUUACGGGAACCCUAUACAGUCCGUGUGGAGGACCAGAAAACCGUGAGAGGCAAUGUAGCGGUCUUCAAGUGCAUUAUCCCCUCCUCCGUGGAGGCAUACAUCACUGUCGUCUCGUGGGAGAAAGACACAGUCUCACUUGUCUCAGGAUCUAGAUUUCUCAUCACAUCCACGGGAGCCUUGUAUAUUAAAGAUGUACAGAACGAAGAUGGAUUGUAUAACUACCGAUGUAUCACACGGCACAGAUACACUGGGGAAACGCGACAGAGCAACAGUGCUAGACUUUUUGUAUCAGACCCAGCAAAUUCAGCUCCGUCUGUGCUUGAUGGGUUUGAGCACCGUAAAGCCAUGGCCGGACAGCCCGUGGAGCUGCCCUGCAAAGCAUUUGGACACCCGGAUCCAGAUUACCGCUGGCUGAAGGACAACACUCCUCUGGAGCUGGUGGGGCGGUUCCAGAGGACCAUGACGGGGCUCCUGAUCGAGAACGCACGGCCUUCAGACUCAGGCAGCUACGUGUGCGAGGUGUCCAACAGAUUUGGAACCGCCAAGGUGAUCGGACGUCUCUAUGUGAAACAACCACUGAAAGCCACAAUCAGCCCACGCAAAGUUAAGAGCAGCGUUGGAAGUCAGGUGUCCUUAUCCUGUAGCGUGACCGGAACUGAAGAGCAGGAACUCUCCUGGUAUCGGAAUGGUGAAAUCCUCAACCCUGGAAAAAAUGUGAGAAUGACAGGAAUUAACCACGAGAACCUUAUCAUGGAUCACAUGGUCAAGAGCGACGGGGGAGCCUACCAGUGUUUUGUUCGCAAGGACAAGAUGUCGGCUCAAGACUAUGUUCAAGUGGUGCUGGAAGACGGAACUCCCAAAAUAAUUUCGGCCUUCAGUGAGAAGGUAGUGAGCCCAGGAGAAGCUGUUUCCCUCAUGUGCAACGUGAAGGGCACUCCACUGCCUACCAUCACGUGGACUCUAGACGACGACCCCAUUGUCAAAGGCGGCAGUCACCGGGUCAGCCAGAUCAUCACCUCCGAGGGCAACGUGGUCAGCUACCUGAAUAUCUCAAACACUCAGGUCCGAGAUGGUGGAGUCUACCGCUGCACUGCCAACAACUCUGCUGGAGUUGUCCUCUAUCAGGCUCGAAUAAACGUAAGAGGGCCUGCAAGCAUUCGACCAAUGAAAAAUAUCACAGCAAUAGCAGGACGGGACACGUAUAUUCACUGCCGGGUGAUUGGCUAUCCGUAUUACUCCAUCAAAUGGUACAAGAACUCCAAUCUUCUCCCCUUCAAUCACCGACAAGUGGCAUUUGAGAACAACGGAACGCUGAAACUCUCGGAUGUGCAAAAAGAAGUAGACGAGGGGGAGUACAUGUGCAACGUGCUAGUGCAACCUCAGCUUUCCACCAGCCAGAGCGUGCACGUCACCGUGAAAGUUCCACCUUUUAUCCAACCUUUUGAGUUUCCAAGAUUCUCCAUUGGACAGAGAGUCUUCAUUCCAUGUGUUGUGGUCUCAGGGGAUUUGCCCAUCACAAUCACCUGGCAGAAGGAUGGCAGGCCAAUCCCAGCAAGUCUUGGGGUAACCAUUGACAACAUUGACUUCACUAGCUCCUUAAGGAUUUCUAACCUUUCCCUAAUGCACAAUGGGAAUUACACCUGCAUAGCCAGAAAUGACGCAGCCGCUGUGGAGCACCAAAGCCAAUUAAUUGUGAGAGUUCCUCCCAAAUUUGUGGUGCAGCCGAGUGACCAAGAUGGGAUUUAUGGGAAAGCUGUUAUCCUCAACUGCUCUGCAGAAGGUUAUCCUGUACCAACUAUUGUCUGGAAGUUCUCCAAAGGUGCCGGAGUCCCCCAGUUCCAGCCGAUUGCCUUGAACGGCCGCAUCCAGGUUCUCACAAACGGAUCCUUGUUGAUCAAGCACGUUGUAGAAGAAGACAGCGGAUACUACCUCUGCAAAGUCAGCAAUGACGUGGGAGCUGACGUCAGCAAGUCCAUGUACCUCACCGUUAAAAUACCUGCAAUGAUAACAUCCUAUCCAAAUACUACGCUGGCAACCCAGGGUCAGAAGAAGGAGAUGAGUUGCAUGGCUCAUGGUGAGAAACCCAUUAUAGUGCGCUGGGAGAAAGAGGACAGAAUCAUUAAUCCUGAAAUGGCCCGCUAUCUUGUGUCCACCAAGGAGGCGGGAGAGGAAGUGAUCUCAACUCUGCAGAUUUUGCCAACUGUGAGAGAAGAUUCUGGCUUCUUUUCCUGCCAUGCUAUCAAUUCCUACGGGGAGGAUCGUGGAAUAAUUCAGCUCACUGUGCAAGAGCCCCCAGAUCCUCCUGAAAUUGAAAUCAAAGACGUGAAAGCACGGACCAUUACUCUCAGGUGGACCAUGGGAUUUGAUGGAAAUAGUCCAAUCACAGGCUACGAUAUUGAAUGCAAGAAUAAAUCAGAUUCCUGGGAUUCCGCUCAGAGAACCAAAGAUGUUUCCCCUCAGCUGAACUCGGCCACCAUCAUUGAUAUCCAUCCUUCCUCCACCUACAGCAUCCGCAUGUAUGCCAAAAACCGCAUCGGCAAGAGCGAGGCCAGCAACGAGCUCACCAUCACCGCCGACGAAGCAGCUCCUGAUGGUCCACCUCAGGAAGUUCAGCUAGAGCCCAUAUCCUCUCAAAGCAUCAGGGUCACCUGGAAGGCUCCCAAGAAACACUUGCAAAAUGGGAUAAUCCGUGGCUACCAAAUAGGAUACCGGGAAUACAGCACAGGAGGUAACUUCCAGUUCAACAUCAUCAGUAUUGACACCACCGGGGACAGUGAGAUCUACACUCUGGACAACCUCAACAAAUUCACUCAGUACGGCCUGGUGGUACAGGCCUGCAACCGGGCUGGGACGGGACCUUCUUCUCAGGAAAUCAUCACCACGACCCUAGAGGACGUGCCCAGUUACCCCCCAGAAAAUGUCCAAGCCAUAGCGACGUCACCGGAAACCAUCUCGAUAUCUUGGUCAACGCUUGCCAAAGAAGCCUUGAAUGGCAUUCUCCAGGGAUUCAGAGUCAUCUACUGGGCCAAUCUCUUGGAUGGAGAGCUGGGAGAGAUUAAAAAUGUCACCACUACACAACCUUCCCUGGAGCUAGAUGGACUAGAGAAAUACACCAAUUACAGUAUUCAGGUGUUGGCGUUUACUCGAGCCGGUGACGGGGUUAGAAGCGAACAGAUUUUUACUCGCACCAAAGAGGAUGUUCCAGGCCCACCUGCUGGAGUCAAGGCCGCGGCGGCCUCAGCCUCCACCGUCUUUGUGUCGUGGCUGCCUCCUUCCAAGCUGAACGGCAUCAUCCGAAAGUACACUAUAUCCUGCUCGCACCCGUAUCCCACCGUAAUCAGCGAGUUUGAAGCCUCUCCUGACUCAUUUUCCUACAGAAUCCCCAACCUGAGUCGAAAUAGGCAAUACAGCGUCUGGGUGGUGGCCGUGACUGCAGCAGGGAGAGGCAACAGCAGUGAAAUCAUCACCGUGGAACCCUUAGCUAAAGCUCCCGCUAGAAUCCUGACCUUCAGCGGGACGGUCACUACCCCAUGGAUGAAGGACAUUAUCCUGCCCUGCAAAGCUGUUGGGGACCCCUCUCCUGCCGUGAAAUGGAUGAAAGACAGUAACGGGACACCCAGUCUAGUAAUGAUUGAUGGGCGAAGAAGCAUCUUUAGCAAUGGCAGCUUUAUCAUUCGCACAGUGAAGGCGGAGGAUUCUGGAUAUUACAGCUGUGUGGCCAGUAACAACUGGGGAUCAGAUGAGAUUAUUUUGAAUUUGCAAGUUCAAGUUCCACCGGAUCAACCUCGGCUCACCGUGUCCAAAACCACGUCAUCCUCCAUUACUCUUUCCUGGAUCCCAGGGGACAACGGUGGCAGCUCUAUAAGAGGAUAUAUUUUACAGUACUCAGAAGACAACAGUGAGCAGUGGGGCAGUUUUCCAAUUAGCCCAAGUGAACGUUCUUACCGCCUAGAGAAUCUGAAAUGUGGCACUUGGUACAAGUUCACCCUUACUGCCCAGAAUGGAGUGGGUCCAGGGCGCAUCAGUGAAAUCAUAGAAGCGAAGACACUGGGAAAAGAGCCCCAGUUUUCAAAGGAACAAGACCUCUUCGCCAGUAUUAACACCACCCGUGUGAGGUUGAACCUGAUUGGCUGGAAUGAUGGUGGCUGUCCCAUCACCUCCUUUACCCUGGAGUACCGACCUUUCGGGACCACGGUCUGGACAACAGCUCAGAGGACAUCGCUUUCUAAAUCCUACAUCCUGUAUGAUCUCCAAGACUCCACCUGGUAUGAGCUGCAAAUGCGAGUGUGCAACAGUGCUGGUUGUGCCGAGAAGCAAGCCAAGUUUGCCACGCUCAACUCUGAUGGCAGUACAAUCCCUCCUCUCAUUAAGUCAGUGGUCCAAAGCGAGGAAGGGCUGGCAACCAACGAAGGGCUAAAGAUGCUGGUCACCAUUUCCUGUAUCUUGGUUGGGAUCUUGCUGCUCUUUGUGCUUCUGCUGGUUGUCCGGAGGAGGAGAAGGGAGCAGAGGUUGAAGAGACUUCGAGAUGCAAAGAGUUUAGCUGAAAUGCUCAUGAGUAAGAAUACCAGGACCUCGGACACCUUGAACAAGCAACAGCAGACUCUGAGAAUGCACAUAGAUAUUCCCCGAGCUCAGCUUCUAAUAGAAGAGAGAGACACAAUGGAGACUAUUGAUGACAGAUCAACAGUCCUGCUGACCGACGCGGACUUUGGUGAGGCAGCGAAGCAGAAGUCGCUGACGGUGACUCACACGGUCCAUUAUCAGUCUGUGGCCCAAGCAACAGGCCCGUUGGUGGAUGUUUCAGACGCCCGGCCGGGGACCAAUCCCACCACAAGGCGGAACGCAAAGGCCGGACCCACCACGCGCAACAGAUACGCCAGUCAGUGGACUCUCAACAGACCCCACCCCACCAUCUCCGCACACACGCUCACCACGGACUGGAGGCUGCCAACUCCCCGGGCGGCAGGAUCGGUGGACAAGGAGAGCGACAGCUACAGCGUCAGCCCCUCACAAGACACAGAUAGAGCAAGAAGCAGCAUGGUCUCCACAGAAAGCGCCUCCUCCACCUAUGAAGAGCUAGCGAGAGCGUAUGAGCAUGCCAAGAUGGAAGAACAGCUGAGGCACGCCAAAUUCACCAUCACAGAGUGCUUCAUAUCGGACACAUCGUCGGAACAGUUAACGGCAGGAACUAACGAGUACACAGACAGUCUGACCUCCAGCACCCCUUCAGAAUCGGGGAUCUGCAGGUUUACUGCAUCUCCCCCCAAACCUCAGGACGGAGGAAGAGUGAUGAACAUGGCAGUUCCAAAGGCACACCGGCCAGGUGACCUCAUGCAUCUGCCACCAUAUCUCAGAAUGGACUUCUUAUUAAACCGAGGCGCUCCGGGCACCAGCAGAGACCCCGCUUUAGGGCCGGCCUGCUUGGAGCCUCAGAAAAGUCGAACCUUGAAGCGCCCCACGGUCUUGGAGCCGAUACCCAUGGAGGCCGCUUCCUCCUCCUCCUCCAGAGAAGGACAGGCCUGGCAACCGGGCGCCGCUGGGGCCACAGCACCGCAGCGGGAAGGGGUGGAGCUGGGACAGGCGGCCAAAAUGAGCAGCUCGCAAGAAUCCCUGCUGGACUCCCGGGGCCAUUUAAAAGGAAACAAUCCCUACGCAAAAUCGUACACUCUGGUAUAACAGACAGUGUGUGGCUGGACAGUGGCUGUAAAUACAAUUUAAAAUAAAAUCCAAUCAAAGCUA